AUGACUAUGAAAUUAGCUCUCUGGAAUGAAAAUGAUUACCUAUGCAAGAAUUUCAUUCUGAAUGGGUUAGCUGAUAAUCUAUAUGAUUAUUAUAGCCCAUAUAAGUCUGCCAAAUUAGUUUGGCUGGCUUUGGAAAAGAAGUAUGAUACUGAGGAAGCUGAGACUAAAAAGUAUGUUGUUAGCCGCUACCUCAAGUAUCAAAUGACUGAUGAUAAAUCAGUAGAGUCUCAAUCCCAUGAGACACAGAAAAUUGCUUAUGAUAUCAUAUCAGAUGGUAUGGCAUUGGAUGAGCAAUUUCAGGUUGCUGUCAUCAUAGACAAAUUGCCUCCUGGCUGGAAGGAUUUCAAAAACCUUCUCAGACACAAGACCAAAGAAUUCUCUUUGGAUUCUCUGAUCACACGUCUGCGCAUUGAGGAAGAGGCACGCAGACAAGAUCAGAAAGAUGAAGUGUUGGUUGUGUCUCACAACAACACUAAAAGGAAGAACACAGGUGUAGUUCUGAAGCCUAUUGGCAAAAACUUUAAGAAUCAGAACCGCAAUGUGAGCAAUACCUCCAACCGCAACAAGAACCCCCCAAGGGUCCAACAUGCUAGACAACAUCCACCUACCAAGAAUAAUCCCGGUGAGUCAUUCCUCUGCUACAAUUAUGGCAAACCAGGACAUAUGGCACGUAAAUGCUGA